AACAAAGAGAGAGAGAAGUCAAGGAAUCCCAAGAGAGAGAAAGGUAGUAAAAAAAUAUCAGAAAAAGAAACAGAGACAAUGAUGUAAUGUAAUUGUAUGUUAUUUUUGUUUUGGAGCUGCACCAGAUUUUGUGAUGGUAGAUUCUAGAAUGGGAUCCUGGGACUGAGCACAAAGUACAGUGUACAAAAUCCUUGCAAGCCUUAUUUUUUGCCAAGGAUGCAGCAAUUAAGGAUCUGAUCUGAGGUAACUUUAAUAGCCAAUUACGCUGAGGAGAAAAUGUUGAUGCAAGGAGAUUUUGAUAUGAAUUCUGUGCAUGCAUACACUGAUUCACUUAAAGAAGCUUUGAAACACACAAUGCUCAAUCAGGAGGUCAUAUUUAGGAACCAGGUACAUGAACUCCAUCACUUAUAUAUGGUGCAAAUUACGCUGAUGAAAAAUCUAGGCUGCAAGGAGUUUGAUAGAUACAUUUCGGGGAUAGAUAGCGCACAAUCAUCACUGAUGCCUCCCAUAAAUCUUAUAAGAGAUGUACCAUUGCUGAAAGAAACAAGACUUUCCACAAUUCCAAUGGGUGGCUCCUCACGAUCUUUGAGCCAGGAGUUAUCAGGAGAAUGGGGUAUGGACUGGAAGCUUCAGCAGAUGUCUUUUGAUCUUCAACUUCCUGCUGAUCUGUACAGCAGCCUUGCUGACAAGGAUUUUCCAAACAAAAGGAAUGUCUUAGAUCUCUUAAAAGAUACCUCAGACAGUUGUGCUGGUAACAUAUCAGAUGCUGUGGACUUGACCCUUUCCCUCAGUCUUGGAGAGGACAGCAGGAGAAGAGAAGGCACAAAGAAAACUAUCUCUUGUCCUCAAGCUGUCAUCAAUUUAGAAGAUUCAACUGAGGGGAUAAAUAGCAAUGAAGUGGAACAUGCACCUUCUCUGGGCUGUAUUCCUUCAAUCACAGCCGCUGGGGGAAAGCUUGAGUCACAUGAGUCCAUAUUAUCUGAUCCAACAACCCCAAGCUGUGUGAAGCAAGAUAUUUCUCACAAUUUUGCAGGUAGUAGCUCUCUUGUAAAUAGCCAUCAAUGCUGUCAAGAGCAGCACGCUUACAAUCAAGAAAUUAAAGAGUCCAAGAAUGAUAGCCAGUGUAACUAUAUGUCCUUGGAUAAGCACCAAAAACUCGCUUCAUAUGAAGCUAGGGUCAUGGACCUGAACAAAAUAGACCUUAAUGACUCAUCCUAUCACUCAAAUGAUCCUAUGGUGACCUAUCCUUCAACUGCUAGCUCAUCAGGUGGUUAUCGUGAAAUAGUUGGCAAGGAUAAAGAAGAGUCUUAUCGAACCACAAUUUGGAGAAAAGAAAUUAAUGACUGCUCAAAUGAAACAUCUGGCAUGUGUCAACAAGAUGUCACUGUAAAUGUUGCUCUGACAAAUCCAGAUAACAAAAAUAAGAUAACAGAACUAUGGCAUAGCGAUUCCAAGCUCAGUGGAGUGUGUGAAACAGAAGCAAGUGUCGGGGCUCUCAAGUCUGUUUUUCGGCUGCCAAUGGACCUCUGUGAAGAGCAUGGCAGCUGUCGUAGUGACCUUAAGAGUAAAAAGGAUAAGUCGAUGUCAGAAAGCCGAAGUGAGCUUUUAAAUGAUCUGAAUAAUACAUGUGAAGUCGCUACACAAGUGAGCUGUGAGAUGAGUGAAGUAGAAGACACUGUAUAUCUGUGUUCUGGUCGAAAUCAAAAUCCAGGUCAAGAUAAACAUGAAAAUAAAUCUUCAGCUUCGUACAUGUCUUGCUGCACUGUUGAUAAUGUACCUAAGACCACUGAAUCUGGGAUUGAAGCAGGAAAUUCUAGUAUUCCUCCUUCUGAUCAGUUAUCAGAAACCUGCAUGCACUCCCAAGUUGCAAAAAUCUUAUCAGGUGGGCAGGACCAAAGAUCUCCCAACUGUAGUGAAUUUCAACAAGAAUUCAUCAAUGACAAAGAAGAAACAGCUAAACAGGAUAUAUUGGUCCAAAGCGCAGCUGAAUCACUUAUCUCCAUGUUGAAUUCAGCUUGUUCUCAAGAUUAUUCAACCAGAACAGGGUCCAAUGAGAUAAUAAAUGAGGAGAGUGAGCAGCCACAGAGCUCUUCUGAUUCUUUCGAGUUAAUAGCUCUGAAGCUAACAGAAAGCAGUUCUGGUGAUUUUUCAGUGUCAUCAAAGCCAUUUGAACUAAAUGAUGUAGAUAAAAACAAUAUUGGUGUCAAGUGGAGAAGGGGGAGGAGAAUGAAAGAUUUUCAAAAAGACAUAUUGCCUGUUCUGGUGUCUCUCUCCAGACAUGAAAUUUGUGAAGAUAUAAACAUUAUGGAGGGAGUCUUAAGAUCUAAAGAAUACCGGAAAAACAGAGCCAAAUUGGCUGAUGAGGAGAGCUGGUGUUUGCCAUCAAAAAGUAGACGCACAAGAUACAAUUAUACUCGGCAAAGAAAAUUUUUAUAAAACAUCAAGUUUACGUUCAGCUGUGAUUUAUAUCUUACCAUAAAUUUAUUGUGGAACUUGUUAGUAGUAAAUUAUUUAGAUGCUUACUGUUAAAUGAGAUUUUUUGUAGGGUUUGACUGUUACUAAUGCAUUUUGUUUCCCCUUUAUCUUUCCGUAAGUGGCUUCUCUGAAAAGGAGAAACAAAAAUAACUAUGUUUCAUUUAUGCCAGAUCAUUGAUAGCCUUGUGUACAUUACAGUUAAGAGUAUGCAUCCUAAAUGAAGUAGCAUCACCGCCAAGACAAGGUAUGGCUAUUGCUUCAGCAGAUACAGAUGGUCCAGCCGGAUUUUUUGCUUCUGUAAGAAUUUUCAGAUUGAGAUUUCUAAGUUAAUGCAAUCUGCAAAAGUAGAGUCAAAUUGGAUGUUUUCUACCUUUGGUCUUGGUAGAAGCAAAUCCUUCUUCCCAUAUUCUUAGAAUUGUUACUAGUUUCAAAAGUAUU